UGAGGAGGUAUCAACCACGCGCGCACUGCCUUUGUGACAAUCCAGUCCAUGCAGAACUGGGGUGAUAUCUGUUAGUUGUUGAAAUUUGCGGACAUUUCCUCCUUGUGCUGACUGCAAGCCACCGACCACGGGCACAGCCUAUCCCCGGCCUCCCAUUAGAACCUACUCUUCCCCGUUGGAGACCAGCUCCACCACGCACAGCCAGUAGCCAUGGCUGAAGACUUGGACAUGCGCAAUGAGCUGUCGGAUAUGCAGCAACGCGCCGACCAGCUUGGAGAUGAGUCGCUCGAGAGCACUCGUCGUAUGCUACAGCUGGUGGAAGAGAGUAAAGAUGCUGGUAUCAGGACUUUGGUUAUGUUGGACGAGCAAGGAGAGCAACUGGAGCGCAUCGAAGAAGGAAUGGACCAAAUCAAUAAGGACAUGAAGGAUGCAGAAAAGAAUUUGAACGAUCUAGGAAAAUUCUGUGGUAUUUUCUCCUGCCCAUGUAACAAGUAGGAUGAGAGUGGCGGCAGCAAGGCUUGGGGAACAAACCAGGAUGGGGUGGUGGCCAGCCAGCCUGCCCGUGUGGUGGACGAACGUGAACAGAUGGCCUACAGUGGAGGGAUUCGUUCGGUAACAGAUGAUGCCCGGGAAAAUGAGAUGGAUGAGAACCUGGAGCAGGUGGGAGGCAUCAUCGGUAACCUGCGCCACAUGGCCCUGGAUAUGGGCAAUGAGAUCGACACCCAGAAUCGCCAGAUCGACAGGAUCAUGGAGAAGGCUGAUUCUAACAAGACCAGGAUUGACGAAGCCAACCAGCGGGCCACUAAGAUGCUGGGCAGUGGCUAAGCUCCCAGAGCAUGUUGCUUUUCCCCCAAUCGCAAUUUAUUGUCAUGGUAUUUACCUUCCAGGUUUGCACAUGUGCACAUAUCACCUCCCCACAUUGUAAAUGUUGUUCUGUGUAUCGUUUGUCUGGCUUUUUCAAUAAUUGUCCUCGUGAAAUGAAAUAUUUCUUAUCCUCUGUAUCAUUCUUUCCAAAGGUUGCAUACAGUGCUGACUCGAUGGCUCUAGUUCACUUGUGAAGUUUAUAUUCUCUUUAUCAAAUAUAGUAAAUACAGGUAACUGCCAAAAUAAAGGAAACACUUGAGUAGAUUAGGGUUCUGGCGGCUCUGUUUUGGUGUGAGUGCAUUUUCCUGGCCUGAUUUAGGUCCAUUCAACCUCUUCGAGGGCAAGGUAAACAACAAUAAAUACACAGCCAUUCUGAGCGAUCACCUUCAACCUAUGCUGAAGCAUUUCUGUCGUGAUGGGAGUGGUCUCUUUCAGGAUGACAAUGCCCCCAUCCACAGGGCACGGGUGGUCACUGAAUGGUUUGAUGAGCAUGAAAAUGAA